CGCUCUCGGCGCCGGCGCCAACCGACAUUCCCUUCCGGGCUCAAACGUCGCGCUUCGCGAAAGGGGAAAAUCCUGUGGGUUCCCCGAGUGACCGACAAUGGCUACCUACAGCCUGGCAAACGAGCGACUACGCGCCUUGGAAGACAUCGAACGGGAAAUCGGCGCCAUCCUUCAGAAUGCAGGUACCGUAAUCCUGGAACUUUCCAAGGAAAAAACCAAUGAGCGGCUGCUUGACCGACAAGCGGCGGCUUUCACGGCGUCGGUGCAACACGUAGAAGCGGAGCUGUCGGCUCAGAUCCGCUACCUAACCCAGGUGGCCACAGGGCAGCCCCAUGAGGGCUCCAGCUACUCUUCAAGGAAGGACUGUCAGAUGGCACUAAAGCGAGUGGACUAUGCUCGCCUCAAGCUCAGUGAUGUGGCCCGAACCUGUGAGCAGAUGCUGGAAAACUAAGCCAAGUAGGCUGAGAGACAUCUUGGAGGGAGAUCACCACCUCCACCCGGGACAGAACCUGGAGACCUGUAGGAUGAGGAGCACAGGCUGCCAUGCGUGCCCUGCUGGUCAUAUAUGAGUGCGGGGGCCUGAUGCGGCGGGGAUCUCCCUUUUCCGUGGCCAGCACGGAGAGAGAUGAAACUGGUUCUUGACAGAGGCGUCCAGGGAUUGAGAAAUAAAGAAAUAAAGAGACACAGAAGUAGAUGCAAGCUGGGUCCCGGGUGGGUCGCUGACCUCUUCUGCUGGAGAGACAGACGACUCCCUGAGCCACGCAGCACAUUUAUUUAUACUCCCAUAUACAAGGGGGUUUCACCGGAAAACUUAAGAUUAAAGGAGCUUGGGAGGGCCCAGGUCCAUUUCAUUUCCUCUUUUCCGGUGCUAGACUGGUUCCACAUCUCAAAGCCCUCUUCCGGAACCUGGACAAAGGUAAGCCAGGAACUGGCAACACCUCCGCACUCCUGGGGCGGGGUGCAACUGACAUGACUCCGCCAAUAUCUCGGGCUUAGUCAACAGCAAUCUAAAGAAUGUCCAUGUGUCUUCCCAGGGGGCCCUCUACAUAUGAGGACAAAGAGGCAAAAGGUGGGAAUGGAGAAACUUAAAGCCCAUGCCUGCCCACCACUCUGUGCUGGCUCCUCCAGCAGGUGCUCCUGCUCUGACUUUACCAAAGUGCUGACAAGCUCAGACAGGAGAUGAGAGUCAGUCACCCAACCCACUUCCUCAGAUACUGCAUGUCCUUGUCCGCUUCCGCGGACUUGAACCAAUGAAGACACAUUCUUCUUCAUUGAAGAGAUAAAACAGGGACUAAGGGUUUUAAUAAUAAAAAACAACAACAAUAAAGACUAUCACUGGGGCAUGACACAAGGGAUUGAGGAAGUAAAUCCAGCCUGGAUGGCAGCUGAUGGCUGCUGAGGGAGGGUGGGAAAACCCAGGCCUUAAGUGUGGGGUCAGGGGAGGAAGCAAGUGAGGGCGAAAGUUGGUGUGGUAUAGAGAGAGACUUUGGGGAGGGGGGGCAUCAUCAGUAGAGAAGCUGAAGCCAGGAGUCAUGGUAAAGGGGUAAGGGCAUGAGGCCAAU